UGUCUUCUUCUUCUUCUUCAACUUGGACUCUGGCCCUGUUGCUCUAUUGCCCUAUUGAACUGCGCAUGAAUACGCUCUGCAUAGUACCUAGGUAGGUACCUGAACAGGGGACGAUGGCACCACCCCUGUUGACAUGAUAAGCAUUUCCCCGCAUGCUGCUGUAUCCUGAUCAAGCAUCUUCCCCGUCAUCUCAAGAACCUACACAAACCCUACCAUACCACCUGAUGGCAAAGAAAAGGGGGCAGUAAGGCCAGCAUUGCUGGUGAUGUUGUGAUGCUCAUUGCUAACGGGCUGGGCCGUCACCGAUCUCAGCCCCGAAUGCAAGGGCUACGCCAGAAGGGGCUUAGAAGCCAUUCACAAGUUAGACUCCCUGCCGCAGUGCAGCCACAGCCGUACAAACAAUCAAACCUGCAAACAAUUGAUGGAGAAAGAACGAGGCGAUUGUAAGAAAGGGAGCCCAAAAAGCGAAGACCAGAAAAGUCAGACCGACUCUUGGGAAUAAUAUCAAAGUACUGAACUCCGGGGAUCCGUACAAGGUUAAUGUCGUCGUGUCAUCCCCC